CUUCGAAUAAGUGAAUCCAAAACUCAAGUCUCUGCAAUCAGACCCAUAUUUUAUCUAAGUAAUUGUCAAUUAAGCCUAUGUUCAAUUGGACUGUGGAGCCCAUAGCCCUUUUUCUUGUCUUUUACCUGAAAUGCCCUCAACAAGCAAGCCUUCCAGUUCUGCUUCCCGGCGCCUGUUCUGUCGUGAUCUCGCAGAAGAUAACAUCUUAACAAAAACCCUUUUAUCUUCAAAGCCCAAAACCUGAAAUUUUCUCUUUGUUAUAAUACCUUUCCGUGUAAAUAACUUUUCCUUUCAUGGCAGUCCAAGGAUCUAGCUUUUGCUACUAUGUAAAUGUUAAUUGCAUGCCAUGUUCAAGCACUAAUACUUUCAGGAGUCUUCAUUGCUUUUUUCCACCUCUUCCAAAGCGAUGUAAUGUGGUUUUAGCUAGGAUUUCAAGUGGAAACAGGACUGAGUGUUUUCCGGUUCAAUGUCUGCCCAAGUUGCCAAGAGGAAGACCUCUGCAGCACCCUUUAGACAAAAUCCACAUAUGGGUACCAUUGAUGCCUUGUCAAGCAAAAGGAGAUGAAAUUGAGGGGAACCUAAAUGCUGAAAGCUCCAUAUUGGAUGAACAAACCUUACGAAGGGACCUACAGAUUGCCAUUGAGGAAGAGAACUAUGCCGAAGCAGCAAAAAUCAGGGAUGACCUUCGAGUCCUUCAUGAGGAUAGUAAGGUUUCAGUGCUGGCAGCAAAUUCUCGGUUUUAUGAUGCUUUCAGAAGAGGGGAUCUAGCCACAAUGCAGAACCUUUGGGCAAAAGGAGAUGAUGUUUGUUGUGUACACCCAGCAGCAAAUGGGAUAUCCGGUUAUGAUUUUGUAAUGGAAAGCUGGGAAAUUGUAUGGAUGAACUAUGAAUUUCCACUAGAGAUAGAACUGAAAAAUGUUCGAGUUCAUGUUAAAGGAGAUGUUGGGUAUGUUACAUGCAUGGAAUUUGUCAAGACAAAAGGUAACAGUUGGGGGGGACAGUUUGUGACGAAUGUGUUUGAGAGGAUUGAUGGUCAGUGGUUUAUAUGUAUUCACCAUGCUUCCCCAGCCGAGUUGUGAAAGCAUCAAUUUACAUUUUGGAACCACAGUUCUGCCUCAGUACGUUUUGCGCUUAGUCUAUCAUGCAUAUUCGUGUUGUUUUUUUGCUUAAGACCAUUUUGGAUACCCAUUUGUAGAACUGAUUGUCCGAACAUAUUCCUUUUUGUUGGUGUCUGAUUUUCCACCCUCAAUUUGAGUGGAUGUUACAUAAAUCAAGUCAUUUCAUCAAGUUUGUUCUAUUUCUAAAAUGGGGGU